AUGCCGGAGAAUAAAGUUUUCCCAUGGGUUGAGAAGUAUGGGGGUGCGUCGGAUCCGGUGAAACACCUACGGUCGUUCGUGGAUGCUAUGGCAGUGUAUUCUUCCGACAAGCUGGUCUGGUGUAGGGUGUUUUCUUUAUCCUUAAAAGAUGAAGCGUUAGAUUGGUUUCAUUCACUGCCACCACGGAGCAUUGAUGGAUUUGUUACUUUGAGGCAGUUGUUUAGCCAACAGUAUGCAUCAAACCGUUCGCGGGGUUUGACUUAUACGGCCCUUGUCAGGAUGAAGCAAGGGCGAGAAGAGUCAUUGAAAGGGUUCAUGGAGCGCUUCAACCGAACCGCUCGGCAGGUGAGGAAUGUCGAUCAGCGGCUGAUAGUCAGUGCCCUCACUACAGCGUUGAGGCCGGGACCUUUUGUGGAUUACCUGUACGAGGAGGAGCCUCAGUCAAUGGAUGAACUGCAACAUAAACUGGCCGGGUUCAUUCGGGUAGAAGAAGGAAGGGCGUAUCGAGGUGAUCAGGGCGAUGAAGGGGGGUCUAAUGUGAAGAUAGGGCGAGACCGAAGGGGAGAGAAACGGUCGGCUGACGGGGAGUGUCGAUCAGGGAUGAAGCGAGGGGUAGAGAUUCAGAGAGCACAGCAAUACGUCCAUCACACCCCAUUAAGUGCCCCGAGGGUAAGAGUCCUGGAGGAAGCCUUAAGGGCUAACCUGCUGACGGUGGCACGGUCCCCGACCCCACGGGGAGCUGAUGAAAAUAAACAUUGCCGAUAUCAUCAGAACAUGGGGCACUCUACUGAGGAUUGUAUCGCGUUGAAGGAUAAGUUGGAGAGCUUGGUGCAGGCUGGGCACCUAAGGGAAUUUGUUCAAAGGGCGAAUCCUCACCCGAGGGAAAUCCCGGGGAGAUACGGAGGCCGGCCGCCGGCCGGGCAGAGGGUUCAGCCAGCUGCCGAACGGACGGAGGGUGGCGGGAGUGGAGAAAGGCCUUUGAGAGGGGUGAUAAAUACCAUUUCGGGUGGUUUUACUGGAGGAGGGGCGUCCUCAGCCGCCCGAAAGCGGCAUUUGAGAAACUUGCAUAGUGUGAAUAAGGUGGGAAUUGCUGGAAGAACCAUGCCUACCAUAGCGUUUUCAGACGAGGAUUUCCAUGCACCGGAUCCUGACCAGGAUGACCCCAUGGUGAUAACGACUAUCAUCGCUCGGUACAGUGUGGGAAAGAUGUUGAUUGACCAGGGAAGUUCGGCCAACAUUCUGUACUGGAAAACUUUUCAGCAGAUGGACAUACCGGACGAAUCAAUAAUGCCUUUUAACGAAAAAAUCUUAGGAUUCGCAGGAGAACGGGUAGACACAAGGGGAUACGUGGACUUAAAGAUGUGUCUGGGGGCAGAGGCGGGGGCUAAGGAAUUGAGGGUACGUUUCCUGUUGGUAGAGGCGGAAACCUCGUACAACGUGCUGUUGGGACGACCUUGUUUGAAUGCGUUCGGGGCAAUAGUGUCCACCCCUCACUUAACAAUGAAGUAUCCCACAGACGAUGGGACAAUAUGGACGGUUAGGGCCGAUCAGAGGGUAGCAAGAGAAUGUUACGCAGCGGGACUGAAGGUACAACCCCCGAGACAUAAGGUACAACCCCCGAGACAUAAGGUAUGCGAAACCCGUCCGACAACGUUAGCUGUAGAGUUAGACCCGAGAGAAGAUACCGCCGACCGGGUGGAACCAAUGAGGGAGGUCCGGCCCUUUCUCCUAGAAGGCGAAGACCGGGGGACAAUGGUCGGCAAGGAUCUUCAGGAUGACGAGAGGCAAAGGUUGGAGAGUGUACUACUGGAGAAUAAGGAUUUGUUCGCAUGGACUGCAUCGGAUAUGCCAGGUAUUCAUCCUGACGUUAUUUCGCAUAGGUUGUCCAUAUUUCGAGAUGCCCGACCGGUAUCUCAGAAAAAGAGGAGGCUGGGUGUAGAGAAGAGAAGGGCGGUAGUUGAGGAGGUGGGGAAGUUCAUCGAAGCCGAGUUCAUAAGAGAAGUCAAGUACACUACUUGGUUGGCCAAUGUAGUGAUGGUGAAAAAGUCCAGUGGCAAGUGA